CAACCUCAGGACACACACACACACACACGGAGACACACACAAACACACGGGGAGGUCGUGCUGUCAAUGUUCCGCUCCUGGACAUGUUGUUAAUUCACAUUACCUCCAUUCUGGUCCUCGGGUGGCAGGUCAAGGCGCUGACACCGGAGUUUGGCGAUGUUUGCACUGAGGGGAGCUGCUAUCCCGUAACCGGAGACCUGCUCAUCGGCCGUGCGCACAAGCUCUCCGCCUCCUCCACUUGUGGCCUCCAACAACCGGAGCGCUUCUGCAUCGUUGGACAUCUGGAGGAGGAGAAGAAAUGCUUCAUUUGCGACUCGAGGCAGAUGUACGACGAGCAGUCCAACCCCAUCAGCCACACCAUCGAAAACGUAGUCACCACCUUCGCCCCGAACCGCCUCAAAACCUGGUGGCAGUCUGAGAACGGUGUGGAGAAUGUGACCAUCCAACUGGACCUGGAAGCCGAAUUUCAUUUCACACACCUCAUUAUGACCUUCAAGACAUUUCGCCCGGCCACCAUGGUCAUAGAGCGCUCCAUGGACUUUGGGAAGAAAUGGCAGGUGUACCGAUUCUACGGCUACGACUGCAAGACAUCCUUCCCUGGCGUGUCCCUCGGUCCCAUGGUCAAAGUGGACGACAUCAUCUGUGAUUCACGCUACUCCGAGAUCGAGCCGUCCACCGAGGGCGAGGUGAUAUUUCGGGUGUUGGAUCCUGUUUUUGAGAUUGAAGACCCCUACAGUCCUAAGAUACAGAACCUGUUGAAAAUCACCAACCUGCGUGUGAAGUUCAUCAAGCUGCACACGCUGGGCGACAACCUGCUGGACUCCCGCGAAGAGGUGACGGAGAAGUAUUACUACGCCCUCUACGACAUGGUCGUCCGUGGCAGCUGCUUCUGCUACGGCCACGCCUCCAAGUGUGCGCCGUUCGAUGGAGCGCCGGUGGGGGCAGAGGGCAUGGUCCACGGCCGCUGUGUGUGUAACCAUAACACAAGGGGUCUGAACUGUGAACAAUGUCAAGACUUUUACCAUGACCUGCCGUGGAGACCAGCAGAGGGAUACAACACUAACGCCUGCAAGAGGUGCGAGUGUAACCAGCACUCGUCCAUCUGCCAUUUUGACGUGGCAGUCUACAUGUCGACCGGCAACACGAGCGGAGGCGUGUGUGACAACUGCCAGCACAACACCAUGGGCCGCCAGUGCGAGCAGUGCCGACCCUUUUUCUACCAACACCCCAACCGGGAUCUGAGGGACCCCAACGGCUGCGAACCAUGUAGCUGUGACCCAGACGGCUCGCUGCAGGGGGGGAUGUGUGACCAGCGGACCGAUGUGAUGGCGGGGCUGAUCUCGGGUCAGUGUCGGUGCAAGGCCAACGUGGAAGGGGAGCGAUGUGACUACUGCAGACAGGGAAACUAUGGGCUGGGACAGGGGCCCCACGGCUGCCUGCCUUGUACCUGCAACCCGCUUGGCACAUUGCCUGGGGGAAAUCCGUGUGACACAAUCACAGGAAGGUGCUUCUGCAAACGCCUUGUUGAUGGACAUGACUGUGAUCAGUGUCUGCCUCAGCACUGGGGCCUGUCCAAUGACAUGGACGGCUGCAGACCAUGUGACUGCGACCAGGGCGGUGCCGUCAACAACAAUUGCAACCCCCAUACAGGGCAGUGUGAGUGUAGGGAGCACAUGUUUGGAAGGCGCUGUGACCAGGUGGAGUCUGGUUUCUAUUUCAUCGCUCUGGACCACUACACGUAUGAAGCAGAGGAUGCCAAGCACGGACCUGGUGUGAUAGUGGUACCACGGCCCUAUCCUCCGGGCCGUUCACCGACAUGGACCGGUAUGGGCUUUGUUAACGUACCAGAGGGAGCCUACCUCGAGUUCACCAUCAACAAUAUUCCCGAGUCCAUGGACUACGACCUGCUCAUCCGCUAUGAGCCACAGCUGCCAGAGCAGUGGGAGCAAGUGAAUAUCAGAGUGGAGCGUCCCACCUUCGUCCCACCCAACUACUACAGCCACUGUAGCAACUCCAUACAACGCGGAGACCACCAGUCGGUCUCUCUGCCGCCCGGAUCCAGACAUGUGGUGCUUCCGAGUUCUGUGUGUUUGGAGAAGGGAUUCAACCACACCGUGCACCUCAGUCUACCGCUCUACUCCUCAUACAGUGACGUCCAGAGUCCCUACACACUCAUUGACUCUUUGGUGCUUAUUCCCCGGGUCAGAGAGCUGGACAUGUUCGAUGGCACAGAUGGCGAAAAAGCGUGGGACACAUUCCAGCGGUACCGCUGUUUGGAGAGCAGCCAGAGUGUUGUCAAGAGCCCCAUGACUGAUAUCUGCAACGAUUACAUCUUCAGUGUCUCCGCUCUGCUCCAUCAAGGAGCCAUGGCGUGCCGGUGUGACCAACAGGGCUCGCUCAGCGCCGUGUGUGAACCCAAAGGCGGGCAGUGCCAAUGUCGUCCCAACGUGGUUGGCAGGAACUGUGAGCAUUGCGCCCCUUCCACAUUCUUCUUCAGCCCUGCCGGCUGCAGAUUGUGUGAGUGUGACCCACGGGGUUCAGUCAACGCCUUCUGCCAUGAGGCUACGGGGCAGUGCAAGUGUGUGCCGGGGGCAACAGGGCGCCAGUGUGCCCACUGCCUGCCGGGGUUCUGGGGCUUCCCUCAGUGCCGGCCAUGUCAUUGUAACGGCCACAGCGACUACUGCCACCCACAGACCGGAGAGUGUCAGGGCUGCCGGGACUACACCACCGGACACAACUGUGAAAGGUGUCUGAAUGGUUACCAUGGUGACCCAGAGCUGGGUUCUGGCGGGCACUGCCGCCCCUGCAUGUGCCCGGACGGGCCAGGGACUGGGCGGCAGUUUGCUGAUGGCUGUUACCAGUUGGCCAGUGCAAACCAGCUGGUCUGUGUCUGCAGCCCCGGAUACAAAGGAGCCCGGUGUGAUGAGUGUGCCCCGGGAUACUUUGGCAACCCCCAGGUGCAGGGCGGGCGCUGUAUGCCAUGUCAGUGUAACAACAACAUCGACAUGCAGGACCCAGACUCCUGCGACCCUCGCACGGGCGCCUGUCUCAAAUGCCUGUACCACACCGAGGGCUAUGGAUGUCAGCAAUGCAAACUGGGACACUACGGCAACGCUGCCACGCAGAGCUGCCGCAAGUGCAUGUGUUACCCAGUGGGCACUAUGCCGCAGGCGUGUACAUCUCCAGGCGAGUGCCAGUGUGAUCUGUACAGCGGCCAGUGCCCCUGCCAGUCCAACGUGGUGGGUCAGAACUGUGACCGCUGUGCUCCCAAUACCUGGAACAUCACCAGUGGAAGUGGCUGCCUGGCCUGCAACUGCGAUCUCGACCACUCUUUUGGAUCAUCCUGCAAUGAGAUCACAGGCCAGUGUUCCUGCAAACCGGGUUUUGGGGGCAGAACGUGUCGAGAGUGCAGAGAGCUAUUCUGGGGGAAUCCGAAGGUCAAAUGUCAUGCUUGUGACUGUGACCCUCGUGGCAUCUCCAGCGAACAGUGCCACCGUGCGACAGGCCAUUGCACAUGCGUGGAGGGGGUGUCGGGUCUGCGGUGCGACAAGUGCGCCAGAGGAUACCAUGGGGAGUUUCUCACGUGUGAGUCUUGCCACCAGUGUUUUGCCAUCUGGGACAGCAUCGUUGGCGAACUGGCCAAUCAAACGCGACACCUGGAGGGUCACCUGAUAGAGAUUCAAACCAAUGGUGUGACGGCACCAUACAAAGAUCUGGUGAGCAGCCUGGAGAGAAAUGCCAAAGCCGUGAGAGAGAUACUGGAGAACAACGGUGCCACGCAGAAGCUGGAGAAAAUACAGGAGCUGAUGCAGCAGAUCACUGGUGUGAUGUCUUACUUAAAUGGAAGGCUAAACUCAACGGAGGACAGCCUGACUUUUCUCUAUGGGGACACCAACGCUACCAUCGCCAACUUGGAUGCUCUGAGGGAGGAGGCCAAGGAGCUAGAGCAGACGGUCAUGGAGCUGAGAAAGCAGGUGUAUGAUGCCAAGAACUCCAACUUCAAUGGCGCCAUGGAUACCAUUACGACAGCACACAUGCAGUCGAUGAUGGCAGAGUUCAGUGCAAACACCUCUACCAGCAACCCCGGCAACAUGCUGGAGCAGUCAGCCACAAUGAGGCAAGCCACAGAGGACAAAAUGAGCAGCACCCAGAAGGAGUUUGACCGAAAGCACAAAAAAAACACAGAGAAACUCGAUAAACUGGACUUUGACCUGGAUAAAUUAGACCUGUCAGCUCUUGACCAAAAGACAUGCGGUGCUAUAGCUGACAGUGAGGACUGUGCUAGUUCUCCCUGUGGAGGGGUGAGUUGCAGAGGUGAGGCUGGAACCUCACAGUGUGGAGGAGAAGGGUGCGAAGGCCUUGUCACAACCUCACAAGCAGCCCUAAAAUCAGCCAAAGACUUUGACCAGGAAAUCCUUUCGGCUAUGCAGGAAGUGGACAAGCUCUCCAGGAUGGUGUGGGAAGCCAAGGUACGGGCGGAUGAGGCCAAAAUUAACGCUCAAGAAGUUCUGCUCAAGUCGAACCAGAGCAAGGAGCGAGUGGAACAGAGCAACGAGCAGCUACGAAACCUCAUCAAAGAGAUACGGGACCUCCUCACAAAUGACAAGGCUGACGUGUCCGUGAUUGAGGCAGUCGCAAACGAGGUAUUGGCCUUGGAGAUGCCCACCUCACCCUCCGAGCUCCAGAACUUGACGCAGGAGAUCAGGGAGAGGGUUGACACGCUGACCAGUGUGGACAGCAUCCUCAGUCAGAGUGCCAACGAUAUUCAGACUGCUGAAAUGCUGCUGCAACAGGCCAAAGCUGCCAGUGAGGAAGCGGCUAACAUGAAGGAGACAGCAGAUCUAGUGAAGGCGGCCCUGGAUGAAAUGGAGCGUGCCCAGAAUGUCACAGUAGAUGCCAUCAAACAAGCCCAGAACAACACCAGGUCCACCCUCGACCUGCUGAUCAUUGUGGAGUCGCAGACGGCCACCUCAGAACUGAAGCUGAGCAACACCACGGGCCGGCUGGUACAGCUGGAGAAGGAGGUGGGUCUGCUGAGACAAAACCAUCUGGAGACCGGCCAGCUGGCGGACAGGGCUGCGUAUAUCAGUGACCAGGCCAGACAAGAUGCUGAGCAGGCCCAGCAGGAGUUUGAGGAGGCGGUGAAGAAUAAGUAUGGCGUGGUGGAGGACCUGAUGGAAGACAAGGGGGAGGCGGCACUGGAUGCCAAGAGGAGGGCUGAGGAGCUCCAACAGGAGGCCAAGGAGCUGCUGGAGCAAACCGGCAACAAGAUGCAGCGACUCAGAGAGUUGGAGAGGUCAUAUGAGGCCAACCAGCGCACCCUGGAGGACAAGGCCCAGCAGCUGGCAGACUUGGAGAGAACUGUCCGCCAGCUUCUUGAUGAGAUCGGCCAAAAAGUAACUCUCUACAGCACCUGUGUCUGAACGCCACCACAAUAAUGGGAGCAUCACCCAGUUUAUGACCUCGUCCUCUUUUGUUAUUCACAAAUAUAUAUAUUCAAAGAUUUUAUCAGUGCAGACCACUGGGUUAGUGCCUCAGAAUACAGUUUUGCAAACCAUUGCCCCAAGCAGACUGGGUGGCAGGGUGAAAUACUCAAAAAGGUUUUUAUACAGACAGUUUCAGAAUUAAUUGUGCCAAAGAAUUUGACAUGAAAUCAACACCGAUGCAUCAUAGUAGGUCAUAUUGGGGAAAAAAACCAAAACAACUUAACUUGGAACCAAUGAAUAGAAACUGCCAAAGAACACUGGAUGAAAUCAGAAUCAAAGAAAUGACCACUAAAAACCAGUAUGACCUCAGUCUUACAGCUAGAAGCCAAAACAAGUGUGUGAUAUAUUAUAUAUAUGGGGGCACAUUUGAAAAUUAUCAUGUAUAAGCUAGUACAUGUCUGAUUAACCUGUAUGAAUGCACAGAUUUGACAUGCUUCAGAUUCAAGUUUUGUCUUAUGCGAGCCUUAAGAAAUUAUUUUCUGAACCAAAAGGUAUAUAUGACAUGAAUUACCUUUUUCAUUAAAGAUACUAUCAAAGUUA